ACCUUCCCCAAACCUGACAACUUUUAAUCCUCCACCCACCAAUCCAAAAAUCCCAGGAGAAAAACACAUCUUUAAUAUUUCAUACUCUCUUGAACUUCUUCCAAAGAACCGUCUCUAUUGGCUAAAAAUAAGUCAAACUCGUAUCAAAUUUCCUUGCGUAUGAUCCAUUUGCUGUCACAUUGAAGCAAAUAUCAUGGCUGUCGAGGAAAGAGGCAUAACCGAGCUGACGCCCGAUCCGAAUCCUUGCCCUAUCUGUCUCGGACCCGUGACUGAGGAGUCAUACUUGGACCAAUGCUUCCAUAAGUUUUGCUACAACUGCAUUCAACGUUGGACCAAAGUAGUAGCUAGCAAGCACGCUACACAACCUGCUUCAGUAAAGUGCCCUGUUUGCAAGCAUGGAUUGUAGCUUGACAAAACUGGCCUAACAGCAUGUGAAUGAAAUCCUCUCGAUUCCUCUUUUUACACUUAACUUUUCAGUCAUACAUGGAUAUGAUGGAAUUUCAUAUCAGAGGUAUUAUCUUGAUCAGAAUCUCGGGAAUAGGUAGUAGCGUCUUCUCAGUCUCCCAUUAGAUGAGCUUUGGUAUUGGGCCUUUUUUUGUUCCAAGUUAUCAAUGUAUUUCCUUUCCCUUUGGCAUAAGAGUCAGUGCUUUUUUCACAAGAUCUCACAAGUACAGAUUACAGUGCUAUUACACUGAAACAGGAACUUUAGCUGAAAAAUUGAAGGUGAUGCGAUACUGGAAGCUGCACAAGUAUCGUCAACCUGCUCAUCAGCUUUACAAUUGGCUGACAAGGGAAAUCCAAGCAUUAACACAGGAAGCAGAUGUUGAUAUAGUGGUGCAUCAUCUAAAUGGUGUUAUUGAAUCCUUCAAGAGAAACACGGAAACCCUUAUGCAAAGGACUGCGGAAGAAAAUCGACAAGAAUUUAGAGUCUUGGUGUCUCAAGCAGCAAGGCCUUUCCUAUCAGGCCGAGCAGAUCGCUUGGUCAAUGAGAUAGAACUGUUUUUAGCCUCAGAGUUGACAAUCAAUGCGUUUGACAAAGUUUAUGUCGAGCAUCUCGGCUGGGAGUGUCAUGAAAUAACUAAAGAUGGCGCAGAGGAAGGGAAAGUUGAAAGUUUCUCCACUCCACACUUGUAUAUAUUUGAUGAGGACCGAUGAAAUUUUGUAAAUACUAGACUUCCCACGCGUGAUGCGUGAGGGUUGUGGUCCUACCAAAGUUUGCACCUAAAGCGUUUUGUAUUUGGUAUUUUCAUUUUUCAAACAAUGCAUAGAUUUUUAAAGGUAAUUUGUAUUUGUUAUGACAUGUGAGUUGUGGCUGACCAUAAACGUAGAAAUUAAGUUCUUCAAGGAGUAGGGUGUAAUCUGGUUUAUUUGCCUCUACGUCAUAUCAAU